GAAGCUUUACUUAUUUUGGCAAAGGUGCAGCCCUACAAGAACUACUACUUAAAAAUCAUACCUACAAGACCAAGGGAACUUUGUUGUGAAAUGAAAAUGGCACGAGGAAAGACUUUGCUUAGUGUUGCAGCGGAUAAAUGAAAAAACUUUCAAAAUUUGACGACACCAAUGACGUCUAUGAUUCCUAUUCACUACCCCUGCAUCGCCACUUUAAAUUUCAUUGUAGAGACAACCCAUCAGCCAUGAAAUCAAUCCUAUAUGCAGAGACUGUAAGAGAUAGAUAGAGAGAGGAUGAAGCAGCAGCAGAAGCUGGUAUUUGGUGUAAAUGGAGAGAAGAUAGAGCUCUCGAACAUCGACCCUGCAACCACUUUGCUCGAAUUUCUUCGCACCCGAACCCCAUACAAAGGAGCCAAAUUAGGAUGUGGAGAAGGUGGCUGUGGAGCUUGUGUUGUGCUCAUUUCGAAGUAUGAUCCCACAACCAAAGACAUAGAAGAGUUUACUGUGAGCUCAUGCCUCACACUUUUGUGUAGUCUAAAUCAUUGUUCAGUCACUACAAGUGAAGGUCUUGGAAACCAGAGAGAUGGUUUCCACUCAAUUCACCAGAGAAUUGCAGGAUUCCAUGCUUCUCAGUGCGGCUUUUGCACCCCUGGAAUGUGUAUUUCUCUGUACUCUUCUCUUUCCAAAGCCAAUAAAAGCUCUAGGCCUGAACCGCCAGCAGGGUUUUCUAAACUAACAGUCUCUGAAGCUGAGAGAGCCAUAGCUGGAAACUUAUGUAGGUGCACUGGUUAUAGACCCAUUAUUGAUACUUGUAAGAGCUUUUGCCGAGAUGUAGAAAUGGAGGAUCUUGGCUUAAAUUCCUUUUGCAAAAAAGGAGAGACUUUAAACAUAUGCAAAUUGCCUCCUUAUGAUCCAUAUAGUGUUUGUACUUUUCCUGAAUUCCUCAAGAAUGAAAUCAUUCCAAGUGAUGAAUCUUCAGAGAGAAAACUGAAUCUUGUGUAUAAGAAUGGAUGGGAUGAAGUAGAACAUGGAUAUUGGAUCACACCUUCUAGUGUUGAAGAGCUUAUGAAUAUUAUGAGAUCAGAAGAAGUUGAGAAUGGAAAGAGAGUGAAGCUUGUUGCAGGUAAUACCAGUGCUGGCUUUUACAAAAACCAGGAGAAUUAUCAGAAGUAUAUUGAUAUAAGACAUAUACCCGAGCUUUUGAUAAUUAAGAGAGACACAGAAGGGAUAGAAAUAGGGGCAUGUGUGACAAUUUCUAAGGUAAUUGAAGCUAUGGAAGAAGAGAUUUCAACUAGCGUAGAACCCAACUUGGUUUUCAAGAAAAUUGUGAAACACUUAAACAUGGUUGCGUCAAAUUUCAUCCAAAACAUGGCGAGUUUGGGUGGUAACCUGAUCAUGGCUCAGAGGAAUGAGUUCCCAUCAGAUAUAGUCACCAUUCUCCUCGGAGCUAGUUCAUCUAUAAAAAUUCAAACUCCAACAGAGACUCGCUUUCUAACUUUGGAGGAAUUCCUUGAGCGACCACCAUGUGAUCCUCAAACUUUGCUCGUAAGUGUUCGAAUACCAAGCUGGAAUCGAACCCAUUCCCUCUCUAAGACUGAAGAUCAAACUGAAGUAUACCCUGUCUCUGAGACUAUUUGUUCAGGUGAGCCAAAGAGUAUGACUGAAUUGUUCUUUGAGACUUACAGGGCUGCUCCGUACCCUAUGGGAGGUGCAUUGGCCUAUGUAAAUGCUGCAUUCUUUGCUGAGGUCAUGGCUGAUGAAUUCACAGGAGAGCUUGUUUUGGGUCAUCUUAGUUUGGCAUUUGGAGCUUAUGGGACUAAACGUGCUAUAAGAGCAAAGAAGGCCGAAGAGUAUUUGAAAGGAAAAUCAGUUUCUCCCACUGUUUUGUUAGAGGCCAUCCAAAUUCUUAGAUUAUCUGUGGUUUCUAAAGAAGCAACCCCAAAGGCUGACUACAGGUCCAGUUUGGCUGUUGGUUUUCUUUUUGAUUUUCUCUCUCCACUCUUUGAGAAUUUUGCAAGAUCCAAUAAAAGAUUAUGUGUAGAAGGACCUAAUAAUGAGAAAAACUCCAUUAAUGGCCAUGUUAAUUCUGCUUCUAGAAUUAAUUCAUCUGAUAAUGGGUUCUCUGGCCGCAAUGGUGAUGAGAAGAAACCAACAUCAGUUCUAAUCUCAAAACAAUUGGUGGAAAUCCAUAAUGACUAUCAUCCUGUCGGUUAUCCUGCUAAGAAAGUUGCAGCUGAGCUUCAGGCUUCUGGUGAAGCUGUAUAUGUUGAUGACAUCCCUUCCCCAAAGGACUGCCUUCACGGAGCAUUUGUAUAUAGCAGAAAACCUUUCGCACGCAUAAAACAUAUUGAGGUUGAUUCUGUGUUAACUUCUCCAAGAGUAAUUUCCUUUGUUUCAGUUAAAGAUAUACCAAAAGGAGGUGAAAAUAUAAGCGUUGGAACGCAAUUUGGAGACGAACCGGUGUUUGCCGAUGGUCUUACUGAGUUUGCUGGCCAACCACUUGGAGUUUUGAUAGCGGAGACAUGGAGAUGUGCUAAAAUUGGUGCUGAUCAAGUGAAGGUGCACUAUGAUACAAAAGAUAUGGAGCCACCUAUUCUAUCCAUAGAAGAGGCAGUUGAAAGGUCUAGCUUUUUCGAGAUCCCCCCAGUUCUCACUCCAAAGCAAGUGGGGGACUUUUCAAAAGGGAUGGCUGAAGCAGAUCACAAGAUAAUUUCUUCAAAGGUUGAAACAGGAUCACAAUACUAUUUUUAUAUGGAAACACAGACAGCUCUAGCUAUUCCUGAUGAAGAUAAUUGCAUAACAGUUUAUGUUUCAUGUCAAUUAGAUGAGUAUGCCCAGGUUGCAAUUGCCAAAUUCCUUGGCAUUCCACAGCAUAAUGUACGUAUCAUUACAAGAAGAGUGGGAGGGGGUUUCGGUGGGAAGGCCUUGAGAGCAAUUCAGGUCGCAGCUGCGUGUGCAAUUGCAGCAUACAAAUUACGCCGCCCAGUGCGCAUGUAUCUUGAUCGCCAGACAGAUAUGAUAAUAACUGGAGGCCGGCACCCAAUGAAGAUAGUCUACACCGUUGGAUUCAAAGCCAAUGGGAAAAUCACUGCCCUACAUGUAGAUUGUUUUCUUGAUGCUGGAUAUUCUAUUGAUUUUAGCCCCCUCCUCAGCCAUACUUUUGUCACUUCACUAAAAAAAUAUAAUUAUGGGUGCCUUUCUUUGAACAUUAAGCUUUGCAAAACCAAUUUUCCAAGCAAAUCAGCCAUGAGAGCACCUGGAGAAGUUCAAGGAACCUUCUUAGCCGAAACCAUCAUUGAACAUGUGGCGUCAAUUCUCUCUAUGGAUGCUAACUCCAUUCGAAAAAAGAACCUACAUAAUUUUGAGAGCCUCAAGUUGUUCUAUGGAGCCAGUGCAGGUGACAAUUUUGGUUACACUUUACCUUUGACUUUGGAGAAGUUGGAUUCAUCUUUGAGGCUUAACAAGAAACCCGAAGAAAUUCGAGAGUUUAACAAUAUAAAUAGAUGGAGAAAAAGGGGAAUGUCUCUUGUGCCCAUUACUUAUGAAGUAACUGUGAGACCAACACCGGGUAAAGUGAGCAUUUUAAACGAUGGUUCAAUAGUUGUUGAGGUUGGAGGUAUUGAGUUGGGACAGGGACUUUGGACCAAAGUGAAGCAAAUGACUGCAUUUGCCCUGGGUCGGUUAUGGGAGGAAGGAAAAGAAGAACUUAUGGAGAGGGUAAGGAUUGUCCAAAUUGAUACAAUAAGUAUGGCACAAAGUGGGUUGACAGGAGGGAGCACCACAUCAGAGUCCAGUUGUGAGGCAGCGAGGGUUGCUUGUGAUGUUUUGGUUGAGAGACUUUCACCAGUGAAAUUGAAUAUGAUGGAGAAAACAAAUGGAGUUUCAUGGGAUGCUCUGGUUAGUCAGGCAUAUCUAGAAUCAGUGAACAUGUCUGCUAGUGUAUAUUGGGUUCCUGAUUCAAGUUCAAAACAAUAUUUAAAUUUUGGUGCAGCUGCAAGUGAGGUUGAGAUAAACCUGCUUACUGGAGCUACAACGAUUUUACAAACUGAUAUCAUCUAUGACUGUGGGAAGAGCCUGAACCCUGCCGUGGAUCUUGGACAGAUUGAAGGAGCUUUCGUCCAAGGAAUUGGGUUCUUCGUUCUCGAAGAGCAUGUUGUGAACUCUGAUGGAAUGGUUACAUCUGAUGGGACAUGGACAUAUAAGAUCCCAAAUGUUGACACCAUACCCAAACAAUUUAACAUUGAGAUACUGAGCAGUGGUCACCACGAAAACCGUGUCCUCUCAUCCAAGGCAUCGGGAGAGCCACCAUUACUAUUGGCAGUUUCAGUUCACUGUGCUAUUAGGGAGGCCAUCAAAGAGGCUAGAAAAGAGCUUCGGUCCUAUAACAAUAGCUCCAAUGAAAAAUGUUCAUCAACUUCGGCCAUGUUUAGAAUGGACACUCCUGCAACAAUGGAUGUGGUGAAGCAGCUCUGUGGCUUGGACAAUGUGGAGAGGUAUCUGCAAAGUCUGGUUGAUCUCCCAUGAAACUGUGUGUGUGUGUAUGCGCACGUGUGGGCACCUGCUAUGUAAACACUUGAUCGCUCUAUUUUUAUAAGUAUGUGAAUAUAAUUAUAUUGUUUGAUAGUAUAGGGGCGAUUGACUGUGUGUGUGUAUGCUCAUGCACGUAUGCACCUGCUAUGCUCGAUCACUAUAUUUUUAUAAGUAUGUGAAUAUCAUUAUAAUGUUCAAUAUUACAGGGCUGCUUUUUUAUGUGGA